AAGAGAAUUUAGGAGAUCGGUUUCUCCACGUGUUUCUCCAGGAUGGGAUCCCUGUGGUAAAACUGGGAUGUAGUGGUGUCCAGGUGUUGAAUGCAAACGCAGGCCAAACCAUCAACACUAACAGGCAGACAUCCAUCAGAAUACGAUAUGGGCUGCCUGUCGGUAGGAGUGGAGGGUCAUGUAUGAUUGAAAUAGCAGUAGAUAAUGGAACAGUGAAACGUCAGGAGGAAUCCUUGUUCCAGCCCGUGUCCGAGGUAGCGCUGGGGCCUAUAUUCCUGGGGGACGUCCCCUCCCAUAGGGAUCAGCCUGCCAGCACCAGGGAGGUGACGGGUUUUGUAGGCUGUAUCAGGGAGCUGCAGGUCAACAAUAAGGACAUCUACAUAGCAGGAGAGGCACUGGGAGGGAGGAACAUCCACAACUGUGACACACCUGUCUGUCAGCACCUGCCCUGCCGCAAUGGAGGCACCUGUGUCAGUGAUGCAGAGGACUGGUUCUGUGAGUGCCCUCCUCUCUACUCUGGUCGGCUCUGCCAGUUCACAGCCUGUGAGUGGAGCCCCUGUGGUCACGGAGCCACCUGUAUCCCCAAGUCCCACCAGGAAGCUGUGUGUCUCUGCCCUUACGGAAGACAGGGCCUGCUGUGUGAUGAUGCCAUCAACAUCACCCGGGCCAGGUUCAGUGGGAAUGAUGAGUUUGGGUACACCUCAUUCAUAGCGUACUCCUCCAUCCCCAGUCUCAGUGUCUACUACGAGUUCCAACUGAAACUAACGUUCGCCGACAGAGCAUCAGCUCUGAAGGACAACCUCAUCCUCUUCUCUGGACAGAAAGGACAGGGCAUUGAUGGAGAUGACUUCCUAGUUCUGGGGGUUCGGAAUGGCAGAAUUGUUCACAAGUUCAACCUUGGAUCUGGUGUGGGAACCAUGGUCAGCGACCGGCUGAACCGUGAGAUCGAUAUCCACACUGUGAACUUUGGCAGAUCUAAGAGAACAGGAUGGUUAAAGGUGGACGGACAGAGAAACAGGACAGGCUCUUCUCCAGGCCACCUGGCAGGUCUCAACGCGCAAAGCCAAGUCUUUGUAGGAGGAUAUAAUGAAUAUACUCCUGAACUACUGCCCCUCGGAUCCAGGUUUCGCAAUGGCUUUCAAGAGUAG